CCUUUGGGGCGGGGCAGAGCAGCUCCGGACCUGUUCUCAGGCUCAUCAGCUGAGCAUUGCAGAGUCUUUCCCGACCAGUGACUGACUGCACAGUCUUUGAGGCUGGAAUAGAAAUCAUGCCCGUGACUCUGGGUUAUUGGGAUAUCCGUGGACUGGGUCACGCCAUCCGCCUGCUCCUGGAAUACACAGAAACAGGCUAUGAAGAGAAGAGAUACGCCAUGGGGGACGCUCCUGACUAUGACCGAAGCCAGUGGCUGAAUGACAAGUUCAAGCUGGACCUGGACUUUCCCAAUCUGCCCUACUUAAUUGAUGGGUCACACAAGGUCACCCAGAGCAAUGCCAUCCUGCGCUACCUUGGCCGGAAGCACAACCUGUGUGGAGAGACAGAGGAGGAGAGGAUCCGUGUGGACAUUUUGGAGAAACAGGUCAUGGACACUCGAAUUCAGAUGGGCACGCUUUGCUACAGCGCUGACUUUGAGAAACGGAAGCCAGAGUUCUUGAAGGGCCUCCCAGAUCAGCUGAAACUCUACUCGGAGUUCCUGGGGAAGCAGCCAUGGUUUGCAGGGGACAAGAUCACCUUUGCAGACUUCCUCGUCUAUGAUGUCCUUGAUCAGCAUCGAAUGUUUGAACCCAAGUGCCUGGACGCCUUCCCAAACCUGAUGGACUUUGUGGCCCGCUUUGAGGGCCUGAGGAAGAUCUCUGCCUAUAUGAAGACCAGCCGCUUCCUUCCAAGUCCUGUGUACUUAAAACAGGCCACGUGGGGCAAUGAGUAAGACCAUGCAUGGAGUGCCGGUGUUGGUAGGGAAGAUCUAUCAGUGCGCCUGUCACCGUGGACACUGACCGGGCCACAGCUAGCUUCCAGUAACUUCUCUUCAUCAAUCUUUCCAUUUUUUUUUCCUCUGUCUUUUCAUUAAUACAAGAACUCCUUGUCUCCCCUUUCACUCAAGCCUCCAAAUGUCAGCUUCCUGUCCUCAGCAAAGUCCUUUUCUUCCCUUGUUUCUUUCUGCCAUGUUUCUAACCAGACAAUCUUUCACUGCACUUUGAGCAGCUUAGCCCAAAGAUCCAUACUCCCCAGUAUGCAGGCUCCAGAGUGGGAAGGCCCAGUCUUGUGUGAGCUCUAGUAAAGUAUUAUCCAUACUA